GAAUUGGAAGAUUUUAACAAUUUUACAUAUUUAACACUGCAGGAACAUGUUGAAAUAGAGCACUACAGAUACAUUUAUUUUGCAUUUUUGCUUACUGUAUACAUAAUGAUUAUCUGUUUUAAUACUCUUGUCAUUUUCAUAAUAUUUAGAAAGAAACAUCUCCAUGAACCCAUGUACAUUUUCAUUGCUGCUUUGCUUUGUAAUGCUCUCUUGGGGUCAACUGCUCUUUAUCCUAAACUGCUCAUUGACUUACUGUCUGAAAAACAAAUUGUGUCUUAUAAAGAGUGUUUAUUCCAAGCAUUUUGUUUGUACACAUAUGGUGCAUCAGAGUUUACACUGUUAUCAUCUAUGGCAUAUGACAGAUUGGUGUCCAUCUGUAAACCAUUACAUUAUGUAACUGUCAGUAAGAUAUUAUUUUUAUCAUGGUUUUUACCGUGCUGUGAGGUUGGUGUUGGUGUUACUUUAACAUCCCAACUUCAGCUGUGUAAAUUUUAAUUAAACAAAAUAUACUGUGAUAAUUACUCCCUUGUUAAACUCAGCAGAAUAGAAUAG